ACCAGUCCGUUUUAUUUUUUGUUUGUUUAUUCAAACAAACAAACUAACAGUGGUAAUCCAGAAGGAUUAAUUCGUGUCACUGAAUUAGCUGAUCAACUUGUUCAAGGUGGAGAUUUUGAUGUUUAUCAAAAAACAUUUGAUGAUAUCAAAAAAUUGAUUGAAUGUACAAAACAAUAUGAAGCAGACGAUGAACUUGAUGUUCUCGGUCAAGAAUUCGAUGAAAAACAAACAAACAAUAAAG